GGUCGGGCUCCAGCCGGAGUUGCGGCUAGAGAGGGGAGGGGGCUGUGGCGAGGCUGGCGCGAGGAGGAGUCUCAAGGCUGCUGCUCUCGCCGACUCUGUCCUCCUCCUCCUCCUCCUCCUGCUCUCCGCAUCCACUCUAGGCUCCUUCCGGAGCUGGCACUUCCAUUCCCCCCUCCUUCUGGCAUGCGAAGCGCUUUGUUCAGUGCAGCGUUGCAGAGGGGUUUUCCCAGGCUCCGCCCUCCACAUUCAUUCAUGUUUUUUCUCCUUGUGACUGUCUUUACGCUUUUUUGAUUGUGUCCUGUUUUUGCACCUUGUAGUAUGUAUUUCUUUCUCGAGAAAGAAUGGUCGAUCACUGGUCCUAGUCGCCACGGUGGUGCUGUCGUCUUUGAAAAUAACCACUUCUCCACCGCGGAUUUAAAUGUGGGCUGGACAGCUAGGGACAGGGGGGCUGGAGGCUGCAAAACCGGGUCGCACAAAGCUGUUACAGGUUGGGAAUUUGCAUAUUUUAACAUUUAAGCUUGGGAGCUGUGGGAGGUCACGUGAUCGGCUUACAAUCCGAGUUCACGCUUUAAAAACUUCGUAAUAUCGUGACCGCUUAAAAGCUUUAGUUUUAAUACGGAACGGAACACUUACAGCUUUAUCUUUAAAUUCUCUGUGCAGUCAAAACCUUUUUGGAUGCUAUAGCUGAUGCCUCUGUGGUAGGGGGAGUUGAGGAGCUCUAUCUUUCACCCAUCAUUGACCGUCCUGUUUCUUAUUCUUCCCCUGGCGUUAGAUUGGGGAUAGUUUGUGUUAUGCCGACUAAUAGCCGUGUUAAGAGCCGUGUUGCUUACAGUCGCAAGCACGGUAAUAGCCGCCUUUUCCUUAUGCGUUUUAACUAAAGUGAAAACAUACAUCUAAAACCUUAGUCUGGGAUACAUGUUCUUUACCUUAGAGGCGUUCUUCCAGGGAAUUAAUAUUUCAGCAUUUUCAUGUGGUAGGCAAAGCUUCUACAUUGUGUAGCUUACUCCUCAGUCCUUAGCCCGUUUGGGGUGGAUAAUGUUUCCUGAUUUUACAGCUUGGGAAAUCUGAUCUUCUUUUCUGAGAGCUUAAGUACCUUGAACAAGGCCACACAGAAUGGGGUAAAGCCUGGCCUUGAACCUGGUCAGGUUUGAUUCCAAAGUAUGUCUUCAUGAUUUGCUGUGUCAUUCAUCCCUUUGGGAGGGGAUUGUCCUUGGUAGGUAAAUGUUAUCUUCUCAGAGGAAAUGGGCAAGGUGUCAUGUGGGGCCACGUUCUGAGGAAGAUUUCAUAAUCUCUCUCUAAACUUGUUUUUUUUUUGUUUUGUUUUGUUUUUUGUUUUGUUUUCUCUUUGUAAAAUGGAUGAAUUGGAGUUGUUAAUUUUUUUUUAAUCUCUCCCAAAACUUUUUUCCCCUACCUCUGUAAAAUGGCUGAGUUUGAGCAGUUGAUUCGGUUGUUAGGAUUAAAUUAGGUGAUAAGUAGAAACUCUACAGUAAACCCAAUAAGUGUUCUCUUGUGUCGUGUACAGUAAUAGAUAUGAGAGGUUUUAAACAAAAGCAUCCUUAGUCUAUUGUGUUUGCUUAGUGAUUAAACUUGGUUUCACCCCAUAGGGCCUGCUUAAUGGGCUUUGCUUAUCAGCACUGUUGCAGGAAGUUGAAGCUAAACUUUUAACUGAUUAUUGAGAAAGAAUCUAGUGGAAGAGGAGAGAGGGAGGUUGCUGAUUUGGACAGAUGGGUGGUUAACUUUCAGGCACGUUCAACCUUUUGGCAUUGCAACAUAGGCUGGAGGACCUUGCAACAGAGUUACAAAAAAAAAUCUCAAAAGAAAUCUUGUAAUGUUUUAAGUAAGUUUACUAUUUUGUGUUAGGCAGCAUUAGUAAAGGCAGCAUGAGUAGAGAUCUUCAGUCAGACUUAGUCCUUGGGCUGUAGGUUGGACAUGCCUGUUGGGUCUUGGCAUGAUGCAUUUCAGCUUGAAAAAGCAGAGUCAGGACAGACUAGGUUGUGCUGCAGUAACAAGUAAUUCCCAAGCCUCAGAUGCUUAAGUCAACAAAGGACUGCUUUUUGUUUAGGCAGCGUGAUCAUCUUGUGUCACUGGCAAUGCAACUUUUUUAGUCACACAUGCUGAUUGGAACAGUGCCUGGCCUGUGCCAGAGGGGACAGAAUGCUCUGGAAUAUCUUGCUUUGAUAACUAAGUGCGCCAACAUGGAUUCGAGGCAUGUCUGUGGUCUACUCAAAGGUCAACAUGUAGCCGCUGAUCACAGGCAUGUGCAGUCCCGCCAAGGCAUGUCAGCCAUCACUGGGGAACAGCCACCAUUGCAACUGUGCAUGUUAACUGAGUCAACUGAAGUGACAUGGCCAGGACAUUGGGCUUCCCUUAUAAAUGACCAUAUGUAUACAGCAUAACUGUCACCUUACACUAACUUUCAUUGUAACUAGCAGUGCUGUUCUAAAGUGAGCAUUCUCAUUCUCAUCUAACUAAUGUCUAGAGACUUUUUUUUCCACCUGUUUUCUCAACAAGGGGACCUAGAGAGUGGCCCGUCUUAUGGCAAGAUGACCUGGCUUAUGUUUAGUUAAAAGCGAAUGGUGCUUGCAGAGGUUACCUUCUAUUGAGCUUAGCAUGUGGAUUAACUGAUGGCCAACGAGUACAUGGAGCCAGCCUUUUGUAACCUGCUCUUCCAACAGUUUCUAAGAAGAAAAGGGAGCUCUUAAAUCUAAGAAAAUGCCUCGCACGAAGCAGAUUCAUCCCAGAAAUCUCAGAGACAAAAUCGAAGAAGCACAAAAAGAGCUUAAUGGGGCAGAAGUUUCCAAAAAAGAAGUCUUAGAGGCUGGCGUUAAAGGAACUUCUGAGUCUCUUAAAGGUGUGAAACGAAAAAAGAUUGUUGCUGAGAAUCACCUGAAAAAAAUACCAAAAUCCCCCCUGAGGAAUCCUCUUCAGACAAAACACAAGCAAAACACAGAAGAGCCGCCGUUCAGUGUCCUCCCGAGCGCAUCAGAGUCUCAUAAGAAACACAACUGUGUCCCUGCUAAACAGGGGAGGCAAUUUACCAAGCAAAAUGGAGAAACUCCAGGGAUGACUGCUGAGUCCUCAGAAUCUGGGGACUUGGUCUCCCCAAAGAAAACCUCCUCUCCUCACCAGCGGUCAGAACUGCGGAGAUGGAGGUCGGAGGGUUCAGACCCAACCAGGCUCAGUGGCCUCGAUGGGCAGCGGGACUCCAGCUCCUCCUCCAGUAAAGCCAGGACUGACAAUAGUGAAUGUAGCUCUCCUUGCUGUAGCACCACGCCCCCCUCCUAUACAAGUACCGCGUUCGAUGUCUUACUGAAAGCAAUGGAGCCAGAACUGAGCACCUUGUCACAAAAGGGCUCAUCUUGUGCAAUUAAGACAGAAAAACUGAGACCAAAUAAAACUGUAAGAUCCCCUUCUAAAUUAAAGAACAGCUCCCUGGAUGCCCCAAAUGCUACGUCCCCAGACCUGGUUGUCGAGUCGCCCUGUCCUCCGUGUACCUCGUACCCAGUACAUGUGGCCUCCACUCAGAAGAGUGAACAAGUGGCAGCUCAGUGUGUUUCUCACCUGUACAGCUCACAGGACCACCUUGUUCCCAAACUUAGCCAACAGAAUCAGCAGCUUCCGGGGCAUCUGGGCUUCACAGGCUCACUGACAAACCUGCACACCCUUGAGAGCACUAAACUUGAGCCGAUCUAUAAUACAGCAGUGACAUCCACUGUAGGUCUCACUUCUCCCUCCACUAGAACUCAGGUCACUCCUCCACACCAGCAAAUGGAUUCUGUGUCACCUUUGUCAGUAAGCCCUGCCAGUUCCACACAGUCACCCCCAGGGCCAAUUUACAGCUCAGCCCAUGUUGCUUCUGUUGUCAGUCAAAGUGUAGAACAAAUGUGCAGUCUCCUUCUUCGAGAUCAGAAGCCAAAAAAACAAGGCAAAUAUAUCUGUGAGUACUGCAAUAGAGCAUGUGCAAAGCCCAGCGUGCUUUUAAAGCAUAUCCGCUCCCACACUGGAGAGCGGCCUUACCCCUGUGUGACUUGUGGGUUUUCAUUUAAGACUAAAAGUAACCUGUAUAAGCACAAGAAGUCCCAUGCACACACCAUCAAACUGGGCCUUGUCUUACAACCAGAGGCUGGGGGCUUGUUCUUGUCCCAAGAGUGCCCCAAAGCACUUAGUGUCCAUUCAGACAUUGAAGACAGUGGGGAGAGCGAUGAAGAGGGGCUUGCAGAUGGGAGACAGAACAACCCAUGUGUCAAGGACCUGCAACCUGUGCAAACAAUGAAGACGGUAUCGAAUCCCGAAUCUUUACCCAAAUUGAUACCAAGCAAUUCAGAUCAUGUGGUCCGUGGCUUCUCUUCACAGGACAGACCUUCAGACUCACAAGCCCCGACAGAGUUACCAAAGGUUGUGGUCCACCCAGUAAGCAUGCCCCCCUUGAAAACUGACUGUCUUCAGGUGGCCAAUCCCAAUCCUGAACUUCCUAGUCCACAGAGCCCGAGGGACCUUCAUGUUGCAAGCAUACUGUCACAUUCAGCCAGUGUGUCAUCCUUAGAGAUGGAUGAGUCGUGCCAUCAGAAAGGGGAUGUGAUUCAGUCAGAAGGGAAGCCAGAUUCUCACAGUGGAACAGCACAUGCGCAGCUCCAGAGACAGCAGGCCACAGAGGACCCCCAGGAACAGCAGGGGAAGCUGCUGCUGAGUCCCCGGAGCUUAGGAAGUACAGACUCUGGCUACUUUUCACGGUCCGAGAGUGCUGAUCAAGCCGUGAGUCCUCCAACUCCGUUUGCCAGAACUUUUCCCACCAUGGACCCAGACCCAGCUAAGAACGGUGGAGCCCCAGGGCCUCGAAUCAGUGCUCCAGCACCUUCUGCUUUGGCUACCGGAGAGAAGUCAUCGGUCGUCACAGGCCAGAUGCGCCCACCCUUGGCCACCAAAACUCUGGAGGAAAGGAUUUCCAAGCUGAUCUCAGACAAUGAAGCCUUGGUUGAUGAUAAGCAACUGGAUAGCGUGAAGCCCCGGAGAACCUCACUUUCUAGACGGGGAAGCAUUGACUCCCCCAAAUCAUACAUAUUCAAAGAUUCCUUCCAGUUUGACCUAAAACCGAUGGGACGGAGAACAAGCUCCAGCUCUGAUAUACCAAAGUCCCCGUUCACCCCAACUGAGAAGUCAAAGCAGGUGUUCCUCCUGUCUGUCCCUUCCCUGGACUGCCUGCCUAUCACCAGAAGUAACUCCAUGCCAACCACGGGCUAUUCAGCAAUCCCUGCAAAUAUAAUUCCUCCCCCUCCCUCUUUGAGAGGAAGCCAGUCAUUUGAUGAUAAAAUUGGCACCUUGUAUGAUGAUGUCUUUGUGUCAGGACCCAACCCAUCCAUGCCCCCAAGUGGCCAUCACCGUCCCCUGGUCAGACAGGCUGCAGUGGAAGACUCCACAGCCAGUGAGAGUCAUGUUCCAGGCUCUGGGCAGUCUGUGGAUGAGAGCUGUCAAGGGUGCCCAUCCUCCAGUGAGGCUGGACCAGUACAGAGCAAAGCAGCGCAGACCCCUCACCUAGAGAAGAAGAAGUCACAUCAAGGACGAGGAACCAUGUUUGAGUGUGAAACCUGUCGAAAUAGGUAUCGGAAGCUGGAGAAUUUUGAGAAUCAUAAGAAAUUUUACUGUUCAGAGUUACAUGGGCCCAAAACAAAGGCAGCUGUGAGAGAGGCAGAGCACGGCCCGGCACCCGGUGGGGCACAACCCCAGGUUCUCCACUACAGAGUUGCUGCUCCCACAGCUGUGUGGGAGCAGACACCCCAGAUAAGAAAAAGGAGGAAGAUGAAAAGCGUAGGCGAUGAGGAGGACUUGCAGCCACAUGAGAGUGGGCGGUCCCCAGAAAGCGCUGAUGCCCUUCAGCUGCAGCCGGUCCCAGGGGCUGCUCCCAGUCCAUCCAAACAUACCUCUGCCACGGCAGCUGACCAGGCACACAGAGGCGUCCAGCUUGUGGCCCGGGGCCCUGAACGGGCCUUGCCCCUGAAGCAGUGCCCCAUGGUUGAACAGCAGCUGAAUGCUGCAGCUCAGGACAAGAUGGAGGUGAAGAGACAAGGGGGUGGCAUCUCUGUCAUCCAGCACACCAACUCCCUGAGCAGGCCCAAUUCAUUUGACAAGCCAGAGCCCUUGGAAGGGGGCAUCACCUUUUCUUUACAGGAGUUAGGCAGAACUGGGAUGCCUGGGGCCCUGAAAGUGAUAGGAAUGGCCCCAGAGGAAGGCCACCCACCUCAGGAUGCCAUGCAUCAGACAGCACUGUCACAUAACCUUAGAGGAGAGCCACGGGAAAGUGCUAGAAAGAUUCCAAGUGAGCGGUAUGUGUUAGGGCAGCCCUUGAGACUUGUCCGGCAGCACAACAUCCAGGUCCCAGAAAUUCUGGUCACUGAAGAGCCAGACCGGGACCUGGAAGCCCAGAGUCACGAUGAAGAAAAGUCAGAGAAGUUCACUUGGCCUCAGCGUAGUGAAACCUUAUCAAAGCUGCCAACAGAAAAGCUGCCACCUAAAAAGAAAAGGCUUCGGCUGGCUGAGAUAGAGCACUCCUCAACCGAGUCAAGCUUCGAGUCCACUCUGUCCCGGAGUCUCAGCAGAGAGAGCAGCUUAUCCCAUGCAUCUAGCUUCUCUGCCUCCCUAGACCUAGAAGACAUUUCUAAAGUAGAGCUGGCCCCCAAAAUUGACUUUCCAAGCAAAGCAGAGUUUCUUUUGAUUCCACUGGGUUCAAACACACUGAGUGUCCCCGGAAGUCACAGGGAAAUGAGGCGGGCGGCAUCAGAGCAGAUCAGUUGCGUGCCUACACUGAUGGAGGUCUCUGAUUUCAGAAGUAAGUCAUUCGACUGCGGGAGCAUUGCUCCUUCCCACGUGGUGCCAGCACUUGUUGAAUCACAGCCCUCCUACUCCCCAUCUGCUGUUGGGGGCACUGCACACGUGCCCCUUCUAGAACGGAGGCGAGGUCCCCUGAUUCGGCAAAUAUCUUUAAACAUAGCUUCAGAUAGUCACCUCUCUCCUGGCAGUGCAGCAGCUCUCCAAACCAUUGUUCUUCCUAGUGUGAACACAGUGCCGUUUCAGGCUCCGAGGCUCCCCGAUAUGGCUUCUGCUGACUGCCCUGCACAUACUGUGCACCCCCAGGCCCUGGCUAAAGAUCUUCAGGCAGAAAUUUCAAGUUCCAGCUCUACGGACACAUUUCCUCCUCAACAACUUUUUGGUGCCCAUUUAUUAAACAAAACCAAUACAUCCCUUAGUCACCAAAACACACCACUGCCUCUGCCAGUGUCUGCACAGGGUGGCAAACCAGAUGCAGCACCCACUGCAUGUGUGUCUUCGACAGGGGAGGGUAGCUUUGCUCCCAAGUACCAGCUUCAGUGUCAGGCCUUCACUUCAGACCAGGGUUGCUCUGCUCCUCUGCGUUCUUCACCUAAUCAAGUUCUUCCAGGUCAAGCUGGAGCAGAUCCAUGCCCAGCGUCAGAAGCACCGCCAGCCAAAGCAGCCGAUCCCAUGGCUAAACCGUGCCCUCUGCCGCCGCUGGAGCUCGGGCUCCCGAGGGAUGAGGUGCUGCAGAAGCAGCUGCCCUCCUUUGUGCUGCCCGUGCCCCAAAAGAGGAACGUGACAGUGGACUGUUUCACUCCUGUCACAUCUCUGCCACAGAUCUUAGUGACCCAGGAUCUGCCCAACAUGCCAAUUUGCCAAACUAAUCAAAGUCUAGUGCCAGUCAGCGAAGAACAAAAUUCCAUGCCAAAAUCACAGAACUAUCUCCAAAAUGCAUCGCCUACACCGGAGAAGGAGCUUGCAUGCAAAACUGUUCUCCCAGAGGUGGGCCAGAGUGUUCCAGUUUCAGAGUCCUCGCCGACAGUUCAGAAGGUGUCUGUUGGUAGACUCUCCCCACAACAAGAAUCCUCAGCCUCCAGUAAAAGGAUGCUUUCCCCAGCAAAUAGUUUAGACAUUGCCAUGGAAAAGCAUCAGAAGCGGGCUAAAGAUGAGAACGGAGCUGUUUGUAGCACAAACAUAAGAGCGCUGGAGCUGCCAAGCUCAAGAGCUAAUGAGAGCCAUAAACAAAAGAAGCCAGUCCUGGUAAGGCAGCUCUGUACCACGGAGCCCCUUGAAGGAGCGGCGCUGGAACAGGGUGCUUGCUCGGCCUCUGGAAGGAGCAGCAACAAGGCUGCUAAUUUGACUCAGGUUUUACCAACUGAUAGUCUGUCAUCCAGACCCUCCACGUUUGCAGUCACAGACCAUGUCAAUGAAUUGCAGGAGUUUAAAAACACCAAGGUGUCCACAUCUCUGACUCCUACAGUGGGAAGUUUCCCUGCUCCAUCGGAAAGUGCCUGUGUUUUGCCUUUGAAGUCUAUAGACAACAACCAGGAAAAGGGGUCGCCAGGGGUUAGACAUGAAGAGAACAAGGUCAUCCAAGGGCAGAGGCCGCCUCUAGUGUCUGGUCUUUCAUUGGUGAGCAGCUCAGACACUCAACAGCCGUCAUUUCCCAGCCUCAAGACUGCAACUAGCUUUACAUGGUGUUACCUGCUGAGACAGAAGGCAUUGCCGUUGGCUCAGAAUGACCAGAAAACUUCAGCCUAUACGGGGUGGACAGUAAGCUCCAGUAACCCAAAUCCACUUGGUUUGCCUACAAAAGUUGCUCUUUCUCUUCUUAAUUCUAAACAGAAGACUGGAAAGUCACUGUAUUGCCAAGCAAUAACCACCCAUUCAAAAUCAGAUUUAGUGGUCUAUUCAAGCAAGUGGAAAAACAACUUAAGCAAGAGAGCAUUAGGUAAUCAAAAGGCCACAGUAGUUGAAUUCAGCAAUAAAGAUGACUCUGAAAUUAACAGUGAGCAAGAUAAAGAAAAUUCCUUAAUCAAAAGUGAACCAAGAAGAAUUAAAAUAUUUGACGGAGGAUACAAGUCAAAUGAGGAUUACGUGUAUGUCCGAGGCAGGGGAAGAGGAAAGUACAUUUGUGAAGAGUGUGGAAUACGUUGUAAGAAGCCUAGUAUGUUGAAGAAGCACAUCCGAACCCACACAGAUGUCCGCCCCUACCACUGCUCUUACUGUAACUUCUCCUUCAAGACGAAAGGAAACCUGACAAAACACAUGAAGUCCAAGGCGCACAGUAAGAAGUGUGUGGAUUUAGGCGUCUCGGUGGGCUUGAUAGACGAGCAGGACACAGAAGAAUCAGAUUGCUGUAUUCAUGGGAAGCGUGCUGAAUUCUGUCUGCUUUCUUCAGAUAGUGAAGAACAGUGUGCAGAUGAAAAGCAAAGAUUCGGUUGCGAGCGGUCUGGAUAUGAUCUUGAAGAGUCUGAUGGCCCAGAUGAGGAUGAUAAUGACAACGAAGAGGAUGAUGAUGACAGCCAAGCAGAGUCUGGUCUCUCAGCAGCACCCUCAGUCACAGCGAGCCCACAGCAUCUCCCAUCCAGAAGUGGCCUUCAGGACCCUGGGAGUGUCGAGGAGGAGCUUAGAGUUUCCAGUUGCUUCUCAGGGGUACAUACAGACCCAAUGGACAUUCUACCUAGAGCACUGCUCACCAAGAUGACUGUUCUGAGCACAGUGCAGAGUAGCCCUAACAGGACAGACUUACCAGCAAAGGCCAGGCAGAGUACUGAGAAGGAUGAGCAUGAGCAGGCUCCUCCCGCAGACACCCCCAGGUCCCCCGGCCAUCAGCUGUCUGUGCAUUCCUCUGAAUCCGAUGUCCUGAGAAGUCCUGCAGCUGGAAACCCUGCCGCUGGAAGCCCUGGGGCUGCAGUACAGGAUUCAUCUGUGGGGCUGCCCCCUGCCGUAGCCCAGCUCAACCCUCAGCCGGCUGCCAGGAUUUCUUCCUCAGUCUCACCUCACCCUGACAGUCAAGACCAGAAGCAACAAAUAAUCUUGCAACCACCUCCCGGCUUGCCUUCCCCGCAGACACAUCUGUUCAGCCAUCUCCCCUUGCAUUCCCAGCAGCAAUCAAGGACCCCAUACAACAUGGUUCCCGUAGGGGGUAUCCAUGUGGUGACUGCCGGCCUCACCUACUCCACUUUUGUACCCAUACAGGCCGGGCCAAUGCAACUGACCAUCCCCGCUGUGAGUGUUAUUCACAGAACCGUGGGCACCUCUGGGGAUACCAUCACUGAAGCUUCGGGCGCUCCUAAUCGCCCCACCGGAGUGGCGGAAUUGAGCAGUGUUGUGCCCUGUAUUCCCAUAGGCCAAAUCCACGUGCCAGGCCUGCAGAACUUAAGUCCCCCAGCCUUGCAGUCGCUUACGUCCCUGGGGAUGGAAACAGUCAACCUGGUGGGCCUGGCAAACGCUACCGUGGGCCCGCAGGGGCACCCCCCGGGCCUGGCCCUCAACGCAGUGGGGCUCCAGGUUUUGGCCAACGCGCCCGCCCAGAGCAGUCCCGCCCCACCGGCACACAUUCAGGGACUCCAAAUCCUCAACAUCGCCUUGCCCACCCUGAUCCCCUCCGUUGGCCCGGUGGCUGUGGGCACCACGGGGACUCCAGAGACGACUGCUCCCAACAGCAAAGCAAUGGAGCUGCAGAUGCCCGCAGGCCAGGGACACAGUGCCGAGCCUCCACAGGGGUCACCCGAAGGCCCUCAGGAAACCCCACAAACAGUGUCCGGUCCUUCAGCGGACCACGCAAGGCCUGAAGAUUCAACCAAAAUGGACACCAAGAAGGGGCCCUCUGCGGGUCAUGUGUUGCCCGGGCGCUCCCCUGCGCAGGCGCAGCCAGCACCCACACCGGAAGCUUUACAGAAAGUUGCAACUUCAGCUCCUCCAUCACUUCCUACAGACAGAGCGGCUCCCAGGCCCCCAGUGCCCCACAGGCAGCCCAUUGUACACUUCAGCGACGUGAGCAGCGAUGAUGACGAGGACAGGCUUGUCAUAGCAACCUAAUGGUUUGUUUUUUACUGAUUUUUUUUUUUAUAACAGGUUUUUUUGAAAAACCCUCCUUUCCUUAAAGCACAUUUUUUUCUGACAUAAACUCAUGACUAAUCUUUGUGCAAUCAUGAACUUUUGACCAAUAAUUGUUGUUUUGUGUUAGUCCCAGCCAUUUUUGUAUAUGUUGUAUAGACAAUUGUGCCUUUUAGAAGUUUUAUGUUUAGAAUCUGUACAGAUGGUUGAAUAUCUAUAUACAUACAAUGUUAUAUAUGUAUAUGAAAACCAGGUAGUUGUGUUUAGUAGAAACUUGUCAAAUAAAUCAGAUGACUAAAUGAUAUGUUGCACUGUUAAAUAUAAAUUUUUACGGCUGUGGGGCAGUUUCUGUGUAUAAAUUAGUAUGUAAACCUCAUAUUUAUUGUAUUCAUAUUAGUCUUUGCAAAUGGAUCUGUCAUUGUGUGAGACAGUAACUGUACACUUCAGACAGAUUUUCUGUGUUAUGAACUGUUUCAGUAAAUACUGUUCACAGGC